AUGGCAUUACAUCUAGCGUUAGGUCUAUGUGUUUAUCUGCUGUUUAUACAAGGUUCACUGGGAAACAUUGAUGUGAGUCCAAUUUUUUCUAAUUUGUGUGUUGAACCAAUUUUACAGGAUUUUGAUUGUGUUGAAAUAUACAAACAACCGGCUUUUCAACAUCCAUUGUUGAAAGAUCACAAGAUACAGGAAACAUUCAGCCUGGAUGGAAUUAUUGAAAGAAGCAACAAAUAUAAUACAAAAGAGCAUUGUCCAAAAGGAACCGUUGCAAUUUUAAGACAAAGAAAUGAAUCCAAGAGCGUUCAUUUGAAUACAGCCGAAUAUUCUGGUCAACAUUUCGCAACAAUUGAGACCAUGUUAGAUGGAAGUAUAUAUUGGGGAGCAGAAGCUGAUAUAAGUAUUCAUGAUUUAAAAUUGCAAAAUAAUCAAUACAGUAAAAGUCAAAUAUGGUUAGAGAAUGGACCUCCAGAUCAACUCAAUAGUAUACAAGCUGGUUGGGCAGUCCAUCCAAGAUUGUACGGUGAUAGUGUCACACGAUUUACAAUAUAUUGGACUGGAGAUGGUUAUCAGAAAACUGGUUGCUACAAUACGCAAUGCCCUGGCUUUGUGGUUGUAAGUCGAAAUCCAAGACUUGGAAGGGAAUUUUGGGGAACAUCUGUCUACGGUCAAUUAAGCCUUACGUUUAAAUUACAAGUUUUUCAAGAUGGUUUCAGCGGAAAUUGGGGACUUAAAAUGUUUAAUGAAGUCAUUGGUUAUUGGCCCAAAGAGUUAUUUCCACACUUAAAUAAUGGAGCUUCUCUAGUGAGAUAUGGAGGAAACACUUAUUUAUCUCCCGACGGAUUGAGUCCCCCUAUGGGUAAUGGAUAUUAUCCAGUUGCAGACUUCAAAAAGACAGCACAUUUUAAUAAUGUCGUGAUUAUAAACUCACAAUACAAAAGAGUUUAUGUUGAAGAUAGGAAAAUAAGACGUUAUGCUGAUUCCUAUAGAUGUUUUAGGGUGACAUAUUGGGGUUAUACCAAAUCCACCGGAGUAGCUUUUUCGUUUGGAGGACCAGGAGGAAAUUGUGGUGUUUGAUGAUUUGAUGAAUUAUAUAUACCAACCAAAUUGUAUCAAAUUUCAAAUAAGAAUAAAAUCAUCUCAAAUAUUUCAACCAAAGAUGAUUAAGAGGUUAUAUUUGGUUACAUCGAGAACGGAGAGAAGAGCCAUGAUUGGUGGUGUUGCAUAGCCAAGUCCAGCAAGUAGUGCAUCAAGAGAAGGAUCAAAUCCACCAGAUGAAUCAAUUCAACAUAUGAAUCUUCCUGCUACAACCAUUGCUCCAUA